CCGGCACCGUGGGCCCUGCGGGCCGCUGCUCCCGUAACCCCACAGAAUGCCCCAGGGUGGACAGGCUGAGAGGCUGCUCAGGGGUGUGGUGUCCCCCCGCCCCACCCUGGGGUGCCAGCUUCUUGGUGUGCAUACAGCCUAACUUCUAAGUGAACUAAGUGAACCGGUUUCUCUCCAGGACUGUAAGCGCAGACAGGCUAAGGCGGGUGUGUGACCUAGGGCGGCCAGGCCUGGCUCACAUCACUGUCACCGCCACAGACUGACAGACAUGGCCUGGCCUGGGGGAGGCCUGGUGUGGCCGCCUGUGAAUUGGAAUGUCCUCAGGAAUGUGUCCUCAGGAAUGUGCCUCCCCUGGGGGGUGUCAGGCCUGGGAGUCUCACCCGCAGGAGUCUCCUUCCCUAUAUCCGAGGUCCUGGGUGAGCUUGGUGGCCAGCCCUGUCCCUCCCUGGGCUCCUGAAUGGACACAGGCACCAGGCCUGGCAAGCCCACCUGGUGGCUCUUCAGCAAGCGGUGCUCUCCCCGGGCCCAGGCACCUCGGCGCCCAGCAUGUCCCAGCGGCCCUCAGACAGCUCCUUGGAGGAGAGGCUGCUGGAAAACCGCUUCCACUCGGAGCUGCAGCUGGAUGCCAACGGCAGUCCCUCGUCCAAGCUCCCCAUCGUCCGGGGCUCCCUGCGCUCCAGGAGCCAUGCCGCCUUCGAGCCGGAGGCCCUGGCGCCCCCACCGUCACCCGCAGAGGACAGGGAGCCACGGGGCAUCAUCCUGAGCACACAGAGCCCUGCAGCCCUCAAGAUGGGCGCUCAGCAGCUCAUCCCCCGGAGCCUGGCUGUGGCCAGCAAGGCCAAGACCCCCACCCGCCACCAGAGCUUCGGGGCAGCCGUGCUCAGCAGGGAGGCUGCGCGGCGGGAGCCCCAGCUCCUCUCGGCCCCCAGCUUCUCCUUGGACGACCUGGGCGUGAACGUGAGCCCUGAGGGGACCCUGAAGCGAAACCUGCGGACCCAGUCUUACCGCGCGGCCAUGAAGGCGCUGGGGUCCCCGUGCAGCAAGGGGGACUCCAGCCAGCUCAGCCCCAAACUCCAGGCUCUGGCUGAGGAGCCCAGCCAGCCCCCCACCCAGUGCCCAGCCAAAAGCAAGAGGACACUGGGCCGGAAGCGUGCACACAAGGGCUCCUUCAAGGACGACCCCGGAUUCUACCAGGAGAUCCGGGAGCGGGGCCUGAACACCAGCCACGAGUCUGAUGAUGACAUGCUCGACGAAGCCCCUGGCCCCGAUGGGACCCAGAGGGUGGACACCUCCAUCGUGGUCAAGAGCUACCGGCCCGCCCAGGUCACCUGGAGCCAGCUCCCUGAGGUGGUGGAGUCGGGCAUCUUGGGGAAGCUAUGCACCGAGGAACGCAAGCGGCAGGAGGCCAUCUUCGAGAUCCUCACGUCCGAGUUCUCCUACCUGCACAGCCUGGGCAUCCUGGUGGCUGAGUUCCUGCAGUCCCCAGAGCUGCGGGCCACCAUGACGCAGAUGGAGCACCACCACCUCUUCUCCAACAUCCAGGACGUCCUGGCUGCCAGUAAGAGGUUCUUCGAGGACCUGGAGCAGCGGCACCAGGCGCAGGUGUGCGUGGAGGACAUCAGUGACAUCCUGGAGGAGCACGCGGAGAGGCACUUCCACCCCUACGUGGCCUACUGCUCCAACGAGGUCUACCAGCAGCGCACACUGCAGAGGCUGACGAACAGCAAUGCCGCCUUCCGCGAGGCCCUGCGGAACAUCGAGAGGCGGCCGGCGUGCGGGGGGCUGCCCAUGAUCUCCUUCCUGAUCCUGCCCAUGCAGCGGGUGACCAGGCUGCCCCUCCUGACUGAUACCCUCUGUCUCAAGUCCCAGGGCCACCCCGAAAGGUACAAGGCUGCCAGCCACGCCCUGAAGGCCAUCAGCAAGCUGGUGAGGCAGUGUAACGAGGGGGCGCACACCAUGGAGCGCACGGAGCAGAUGUACAUGCUGCAGACACAGCUGGACUUCAGCAAGGUCAAGUCCUUCCCGCUGAUCUCCGCCUCCCGCUGGCUGCUGAAGCGUGGCGAGCUCUUCCUGGUGGAGGAAGCCGGGCUGUUUAGGAAAAUUGCCAGCCGGCCCACCUGUUACCUGUUCCUGUUCAACGAUGUCCUGAUCAUCACCAAGAAGAAGAGCGAGGACAGCUACGCGGUGCAGGACUAUGGCCAGCUGGACCACGUCCAGGUCCGGAAGCUGGAGCCCUCGGAGCCGUAUCUGCCAGGGGGUGGCAACCGCAGCUCCUCCGUGCCCCACCCCUUCCGGGUGACCCUGCUGCGGAACAGCGAGGGCCGCCAGGAGCAGGUCCUGCUGUCCUCAGACUCUGCGAGCGACCGAGCACGGUGGAUCACAGCGCUCACCUACCAGGAGAGCCAGUGGCAGGGCCCCACCGACAAAGGCGAGCUGCCCCAGGUGGAGGUCACCAAGGCCUACCUGGCCAAGCAGGCGGACGAGAUCUCGCUGCAGCAGGCUGACGUGGUGCUGGUCAUGGAGGAGGAGGACGGGUGGCUGCACGGAGAGCGGCUCCGGGAUGGCGAGGUGGGCUGGUUCCCCGAGGACGUGGCCCGCCGCAUCACCAGCCCCGUGGCCGUGGAGGACAACGUGCGCCGCAUGGAGCGGCUGCGGGUGGAGACCAACGUGUAGCACACGGCUGGAGAGCCAGCUGCGGGGCACAGCCUUGCGGGUCCGGAGCACGCAGUGGGGAGGAGGCGCUGCCCUCCGGGCGAGUCCUGGGCUCUGCGGUCUACAGUCUCCCCAGGCCACAUCCCAGCAGGAGCCCGGCCCCGCCCAGGGGCGCCCAUGGCAGCGGCUCGAGGCUGACGGGGACGAAGGACCGAGGCGGCCCUCUCCCCAUAAACUUCCUGCCCCAAGGGACGAGAAGGCCCUCAAGUACCCAGUGGUGCCCACAUUCUGAUCUGGGCCACGGGAGGGAGGGGAGGGACGUGUGGUGCCAGUGGGGUGAUCUCAAUUCAGAGCUUUUAAGCAACAUUAAAGUAUUUCUUUAAAA